CCCACGACAAUGACAUCACUAUUUGUGAGUAGGCUAAAGCUAGCGGAAAUUGGCUUCAGAAAAGUUCAUAUGAAACAGUCGAAAAUGCCUUCAGUAAAAACGUUUGACUUGAGUUACGAUGUUAUUAAUGAACAUGAUACAUUUUCCGAAGGCGACUGUAUAUUUGGAAGAAUUACUUUGGAGUUAAUAAAGGAAACCAAAGUGGAAAGCCUUUUCAUCAAAGCCAAAGGGGACGCAAAUGUCCAUUGGACGACACGUACGAAAGACCACACUAGGACUCACUCUGCUCACAAUCGAUAUUUCAAACUUAAGACGUUUAUGAUUAAUGAAUCUCCUAAAGACAACAUACUCCCCCCUGGGAUUCAUAGAUAUCCAUUUGGUUUCAAAAUUCCUGAGGGAAGCAUGCCAUCAUCCUUCAAGGGUCCACAUGGCAAGAUAGUGUACAAACUGGAAGCCAAGCUGGUUAGGGGUUGGCUAAAGACACGCGACUUGGUGAAGGAAAUCACCUUUGUCUCCAAGGCUGACUUGAACCAUGUUCUACUAAUGUCUCCUCAGCAUGGUGUGAAGAACAAGUCAGUUGGUAUAUUCACCUCAGGACACGUCACCAUGGAUGUCCACGUUGAAAGGAUGGGUUAUAUGCCAGGUGAGACUGUGAAUAUCUGUGCAAACAUCGAGAACAACUCCUCCCGUGACCUUAAGCCCAAAUUCAGUCUGAAGCAGAAAAUUACUUUCUUUGCUUCUGGCAACACAAAGAUAGCAGAGCAGACAGUCUGCAAAGUAGUCAGAGAACCUAUCCCGUCCAACACCCGACAACGUGUUGCUGGGUCAUUGAAGAUACCUGCUGACCAGGACUUGUCCAUCCUGAACUGUAACAUCAUAAGAGUAGAGUACAUACUAAAGGUAUACUUGGACGUUCCUCUUGCCACAGACCCUGAAGUCAAGUUUCCAUUGGCUAUUAUCCCUUCCUGCUUUCGGUCUGACCUAUCACCAGGCAGUCCUGUCCUCGGGUUUGAAGAAUUCGGGAAAGGUGGUCCAAGCAACAGUGACUUCCCUUGUGAUACAGCCUUUGGACCAUAUCCUCCUGCCUCGGGUCCAGGGGGAGGCCUAUAUCCGCCUGUCCUGCCAGUGUACCCUGAACCUGCAGCUGUGGGAGGAAGUUAUCCCCCUGACCCACAGCCAACAUACCCAUACCCAACUCACUUGAUGAUGCAUCCACCUCCAACUGCGCCACCAUUUCAUACACCCCCGACUGCCCCGAUGAUGCUUUCACACCCCUCUCCUCAAGAGAUAGACCGACCCCCGUCGUAUUGUUCCCUCUUUCCUCCGUCAACAGCUGAAACAUCACCCUGAUACACCAUAAACACUCAUCUUUAACAGAAGUUAUGCAACUGAUUCACUCCCAAUGUCAUUGUUGCACACACCAACAGACCUGUAAACAUUAUGUUAAUGAAGGAACAAAAUGCCAGGUUUGCGUCAGUGUUUCAAGUCUAUAGCAUUUAUGUUUGUGUUUUGAGCCAUAAAGAUUUUUUUUUACUGUAAUAUACACCUGCUUCUGAGUUCUGUCUUCCAGGAUUUGUGUCUGAUGCAACAUUUUUUAAACUAUGUAAUGUAAUGCUCAGAUCACUCAUAUGGUGCCUUCUUGACUGCCUUUAUGAAUUAUUUUAUUUUUUUACUCCAGGUUUGCCACCACAGCAAAAAAGAAAAAGAGAGCAGCACACUCUAGGUGCUCAGUUGCAAUCAUUUUAUAACCAAUGUUUCGACAGACAAGCUGUCUUCAUCAGGGUAUAAUGACAAAGACUGUGGGUAUAAUGCCAAACACUGUGCAUCACUACUUUAUAUAGUUUCGAAGGACACACAGGUGUCUGUAAUUAUGGCCCGGUGUGGCUUGAUGUCAUUGGUUGAUUUACAGAUGUAAAUAGAACAUAUAAAAAGCAUGAAUGGAUAGCAGACGAUCAUAGAUACAAUGUGGCUACAUAGGCCUACAAACAUGAAUAGAUACAAUGAAUAGCAAAAUCACAAGAAUGGCUUCAGAUCAAAGUCUACGUUGAGACCGAAGGGAGCAAGGGUUUUUAAAUAACAAAUCCAGGCAGCCUCUCGUUUUAACAAUAAAUUGUCAAAAGUCCAGGCAGCCUCUCGUUUUAACAAUAAAUUGUCAAGGUCACUCACUCUCCUAGGGAUAUAGGGAAGCGACGAAAUAGACUGGUUCGCUUCCAAAUGCGAACCACUCUAUUUCGUCCCUUCUCUAUAUUGGCACCGAACACGUCACCCUCCCUAUGAGACGGGGUGAACUUGACAAUUUAUUGGGGAUAAGACCUUGACAACGUUGGUUAUUAAAUUAUUGCAUCUGAGCUCCUAGAGAGUGCAGCUCUCCUUUUCUUUUUAAGUGUUCUAGUCCGCUAGCCAACACCUCGCCUAAACAGGUGUGCGUUUCUUUCGCCUCCAGAUUACCACCACAGUUCCCUUAGUUUGGCCAUGCAAAAUGUAUGCAUCAUUAAUUACUCAGUAUUGUUGUGAUCUAAACCCAUGUACCAGGACACCUUGCUAACACAUAUUCUGUACAAAUUAUGUAUUCACUGAGAUAUAAUACAGAAUUGCACUACUACUGCCAUUGUUGUUUAACUAAUUAAAUAUAUCACAGGAA